AUGGUCCUAGCUGCGCUACGAUGCUGUGGCUUCUUCAAGUCUGCUGUUGUGGCUAAGCCCAUGUCAUUCAAGAUAUCCACUGCUAUUGCAGCCGCAAAGGGUUGGUUCCUUUAUGAUUUUAACAUUAUGGUUGCACUCAGUUAUGCAGAGCUGAAGGAGCUUAUUGAAAUUGAGCAUUCCGAAGGGCAACAGGAUCCAUAUCCUGGCUUUAUUAGCCUUCUUGAGCAAACAAUCUACGAAUUCAAGUAA